AUGGCUGUGAGGGACGAAGAGGCGGUGCUGCUCUUCAAGAGGGCGCACCACCGGCACGACCCGCGCUGGCUGCUGCCCGCGUGCCCACGCCUCUGCCUGGCCUGCGUGCUGGAGCUGCUGCCGGAGCCCGGGGUGUCGUUGGUGCGCAAGAAGCAUGUGCUGUCCUGUUUCCGAGAUGUCCUCCUGAGGCACACCUCCCUGGUCAUGCCGCUGCUGGCUCAGGAUCAGAGAGUCUGUGUCCACUUCAUAAGAAUGCUUUUUGGACUGUUAUGCAGUGUGGAAGAUGGGAGUAUGGCAGACCUCUGUAUUGAAGUCCUUAUCCAGCUUACAACUCAGCUGAAAUUAGAACAGACCAUUCCUUGCCUGCUGGAUGAGUGCCACAAAGAGCUCUGUAACAUGCCCUCCAUGCGAGGCAGCCUGGCCACCCUGACCCUUCUCGGCAAGUUGGUGGAUGCCAUCCCUGCUUUGGCCGACAAGCUUGUAAUGGAGCAUCGUGACCUGAUGGAGCAUCUGGUAAGAGGUUUAGUAUACCCCAGCGAGGGGGUGCAAGCUUCUGUCUGCUACCUCUAUGGGAAGCUGUACUCCUCACCAACGGCAGCUGAGGUGCUUUCGGGCCAUUUCCGGGAGAAGCUGUGCCCUCUCUUCCUUUCCACGCUGGAUGGUGCCCAGACAAAGGAGCUACAGAUCAAUUGCUUGGGUCUGCUGAGGCAGCUGCUGAAGUAUGAUCUCUUUGUGUCCAUGAUCAUGAACAAGUCAGCCCUGGCGGAAAGUGCGGACGGUGUUGAGGGGCCACCAGGAGAGACCACACUGCCUUUGGUGCUCAAAAAGCUCCUCCUUUCCAGAGAUGAGAUUCUACAGGUGGCCAGUGCCCACUGUAUAACUGCGGUGCUGGUCCACUCUCCAGCGAAGCAUGCCCCGGCCUUCAUUCAUGCUGACAUCCCAGAGUUCCUCUUUGAGCAUCUUUCUGCUUCCAGUGAAGUGCUUAUCUGGUCCAGCUACAACUGCUUGAUACUUCUGGCAGAGGAGCCACUCUUCUUUUCCAAGUGCCACACGGUGUACGGGAUUGAGUCGGUGGUGAGGAGCCUGCAGGGAAGCCUGAGGAUGAACAACACAGAGCUGCACAAGCAGGGCAUGCUGCUGUUUGCUGAGAUCCUGACUCGACAGCCAGAGGAGAUCAAGCUGUUCACAAGCUCAGCCAUGUGCAGAGAUGCUGGCCGUGCCCUCCAACAGGCAGUGAGCAGCCCUGUGCUGGAGGUGGCCAUGGAGGCGGUGAAGGCCAUUUCUGCCUUUCUGAGGAAGGACCAUCAGAGUGCUCCGCCUGUGCAGUACAGGGAACUGCGGUCCUUGCUUGAAGCCAUGCUGAACCGCUGUGCCGAUUUCUCCCAGAUCCCAUUGAGCAGGAGGUCCCUGGGCCGUGCCUCCAGUAGAGAUUUGGAGAAGGCCAUUCUUCGAAGGGGAACGUUUCUCCUGAGCACUCUGGAGGGAUUUAGGAAUGCCUGCAGGCACUUGGAGCAGGCCACUCAUCCAGCCUUGAUGGAAGUUUUCCUUUCAAUUCUACACAGCCUCUUUGUCAUCGUUCCCCACAUGAAGGAGAAGUUCUCCAAGAAGCUCGCUGCCUCAUCCUUCAUACGACUAACUCUGGAACUGAAGGCCAGGUUCUGCAGUGGCCUGAGGUUCUGUGCUCUGACUGUCUUCUUUCCUGCUCAGGAUCUCAUCUCUUCCAGCCCCGUGGAUAUAGCCCGCAAGGUACUGAUUGUCCUGAGGACCUUUUUGAGAAGGAAUGAGGACGUCCAAGUGGGUGGUCUCAUCCGAGGUCACUUCCUGCUGAUCCUACAGCAUCUGCUGGUGGAGUAUGGGGACUCGCCAUUAGAAGCCUUGGGGAACCUGCCGUUGCUGCUGAGCCUCCUCUCGGUCCUGCAGCUAAGGAACGAGUCGGAACAGGAACUGGACAGCAUGGCCAUGAAGCUCCUUCACCAAGUGAGCAAGCUGUGUGGGAAAUGCAGCCCCACGGACAUGGACAUCCUGCAGCCUUCCUUCAACUUCCUGUAUUGGAGCCUUCAUCAGACCACCCUGGGCAGUCAGAAAAGAGCCGCCGCAGUGCUCCUGAGCAGCACAGCUCUGAUCAAGCUCCUGGAGAAGACGCUGGCGCUCACCUGGGCGGGGGAGGGCUCGCCCAGGACCACGCUGCUCUGCUCUGCCUGGCUGCUCACUGCCUCCUUUUCUGCCCAGCAGCAUGAUGGCAGUCUCCAGGUUCACCAGACACUGUCCGUGGAACUGGACCAAGUACUGAAGGCCCUCAGCUUUCCAAAGAAAAAGGCCACGCUGCUCUCAGCUGCUCUCUUGCGCUUCCUGCGGACAGCCCUGCAGCAAAGCUUUUCCUCUGCCCUGGUGACUCUGGUGCCCUCAGGAGCCCGGCCACUGCAAGCCCCUGAGGACACUGUCCUAGCUCCACUGGGAACAUCACAAGUGCUGUCCCUGGUCAUUGGACUGCAGAACCUCUUGGUGCAGAAGGACCCUCUAUUGUCCCAUGCCUGUGUCGGCUGCCUGGAGGCCUUGCUUGACUACCUGCAUGCCAGGAGCCCAGACAUGGCACAACAUGUGGCCUCCCAGCCCUGGAACCGGUUUUUACUGUUCACCCUCCUGGAUGCUGGAGAGAAUUCCUUCCUCAGACCCGAGAUCUUGAGGCUCAUGACUCUGUUUGUGCGGUUCCAGAGCAGCAGCGUCUUCUCUCCUGAGGAGGUGGGUCUCGUUCUGCAAGGCGCAGCUUUGGCUGACCUCUCGACCCUCUCGAACACCGCACUCAAGGCUCUGCGUGGCUUCCUCCUGCAGGUUCAGAGCAUGGGCCUCUUGACUGAUCAUAACAUGGCCCAGACCCUGCAGGCCUCCUUGGAGGGCCUUUCCUCCAGGGCCUCCUCCGCCCAGCCUCCCCUGCAAGACAUGCUCUGCCUGGGAGGUGUGGCUGUAUCCCUGUCCCACAUCAGAGACUGACCCUCAAUAAUUGAAGGCCCAGACAUGGAGAGGACUGAGACCUGGAGAAGACAGUCGGGCACAAUGGUUUGGGGAAAUGAAUGACAACUGCAGCCACUAAUCUGGAGCCUUUUACUCCAUUGUUGAAUCAGGAAAUAAAAUGAUUCACUC